CAAACGUGCUUUAUGUUUAUGGUGCGGUAAUUCCGAAUUUUUGAUAAUACAGUGAUUAUGAAUCGCUUUCCGUUCGGUUACUGAUGUUUGAUCAGGUUUCCCUAAGGAAAGGUUACGCACUGUUGCGGCUUCUUCCUCUUUUAGCACUUACCAAGUUUCAAGUUGUUUUGUGAUUUUGGUGAUAAUUAUUGGUUUAAUUUCAUCAUUAAUGCCGCGCCACAGGCACGGGAAAACCAAAGCUAUCCCUUGUAACUUCUACUCGUAGAGUAACUAAUAACUAUCGAUUGCAAGCAGAACAUUGUAGUGCUUGUGGCGCAUUUCUGAGCUGCUGCAGUUUUGAUUAGUUUUUUCAAGUGUAAAUCAGUUGCUAAUUUACUAAUCUUGACGAUGGCCACUCAGCAGCAAGUAAUUCAGCCGCCUAAGACGAAUACUUUAGAAGUGACCAGUGCAGAGACCUCUUCUCGCGUGACCGCCAGAAUUCUCGCCUGGUCAAUCUCUGAGAUACUGAAAGAACGGCACGUAUUUCCAGCCGAUGCGUUCCAGUCAACAGAUCUGGGAGACGAAAACACCGUGGUGGCUCUGCAACGCCAAAACCUGAAGGGCGAAUUCGAAGAUUACCAGGAGGCCGUCAACCGAUUGCUGGACAUGCUGUCCAAAGUAUUCAAAGGAAUUUUCGCGCAUCAGGUCACGGCGAUAAUUCUGCAGUUCCAUGACGGACAGGAUAUGAACAAACUGUACGAAGAAUGGCGAUUUGAGCUGGAACACCGCGAUGACGAUCAGCUGAAGCAGAUGACUGCGAAGGUGGCAGGAUCCCGGGGUGUGCCGGAUCUCGACAAAACACUGGACUUCGGCUCGCAGAAAUUUGUUAAGCCCAAACUGAGUGACUCCGAAGUGUCGCAGAUGGCCUCGCGCACGAUUGGAAUGAUUCGAGAUGCAAUGAAGACCGUCAAGCCGAUAGAUUUCGAAAACAAUGACAUUCGCUUGGGACUGACCGUGCAUUACACCAAGGAGGCUUACCUUAAAGGUGAUAUACCUCCCCAUUUCGACAUUCAGGAGGAUACUUCCGUAAAGCGUCACAUUGAUAACCCGAAACGUUUUAAAGUGAGCUCUGCCGAUCUGAAAUAUAACGCAGUGUCUAUAAAGAUGAAAACGAGCUUGUAUCGUGGGAGAUCAGCAAAAGGAAAGAAGGAGAGCGUGCUUUGAUAAAUGUUACGCUGCGACUUUCCGAUUAUUUUGGCUGACUUUGAUCUGGUUUCGUUUAUGGAUUCCUUGUUAACAUACGAACUCUUCUGGUAUAUUUGUCUUCUGCAAUAUGGAGUAUAUCUCGCCAUACCAAACGGAUAGAAUUUAAUUCUCAGUUGGAUUUAUCACACUUUGGUGGAAAAACCGGUUAAUUUCGUUACUUUAUUGUUACAUAUUUUCAUGUUAUACAGUUUUGUUUUUUUAGUGUGGGUUAAUUUAUGUAGCGUAGAAGUGCGCGCAUAUCCAAGCGUAGAAUAC